CAACUUUGUUGGGAGGAUACUCGGGCCACGCGGAAAGACAGCUCAAGAACUUGAAAGGAUAACGGGUUGCAAAAUAAUGGUGAGAGGAAGGGGAUCAAUGCGCGACAAGAAAAAAGAAGAACAAAACAGGGGAAAACCAAACUGGGAACAUUUGAAUGAUGAGCUUCAUGUACUCAUUGUUGUAGAAGAUUCAAAAGAUCGCGCUGAGAUGAAACUAAAGCGAGCGGUUGAAGAAAUUAGAAAGUUGCUCGUGCCAGCCGCAGAAGGUGAUGAUCCUCUAAAGAAAGGACAACUUAUGGAAUUGGCGAUACUCAACGGAACAUUUCGAGAUAAUGGCGCAGUACAAACUGGUGUCCCUGCAAUGAUGCCACAGACGCCGAUGAUGCCACAAGCCCUACGCUCUCCAACGCCGGCAAUGCAUCCACAUAUGAUUUCGUCAGCACUCCUGCCGCGUAUGAUGAACGGUCAAGCCUUAAUUGCUAAUGGUUUGCAUCAGACGUUAUUACCACACGAUUCUCCUCUUGCUUAUCCGCACUACGAGUCGUAUCCCUAUGCAAUGUCGCCUGCGCUACUUGAAUAUCCAGUCGAAACUGCAGCUACCAUUGGUGCUGUUCCAAAAUCGAGGCGCUUUGUCAGGGACCACCCUUACCAGAGGGCAGUCCUUGAACGAGCUGCCACUGGCAACUAGUAAAGCCACUAACCUAAGCAUCACUGCACAAGUACUCUCCACGUAUGUUACUGUCAAAGUCCAUGUAUUGUAAUCAACGCUCUGCGAGGUAUGCAUCUCAGUACGUUCCAUUACACGUGAGUGAGCUCCAUCUCCAUAGUUUUUGCCUACCUUCCUCCACUCAUACCUAGACGCCCUGCAGAUGUCUAUCUCAACACUGUGGUACUAACAGAUCAACGGAUUGAAUGCUUGUGUAAGGUGAUGGGCUUCCUUGUACAUAUCUCCUUUGGAUGCUGCUGAUGAGGCUGGGGGUGAAGAGUUGUUGUUCUUGUUGCAUUUGUUUAUAGAAAUCAUUAAAAACACUACCUCAUUGAAUGUCUUAAGAACUAAGUAAACUUCUCAACAAUGUAUCCAGUGAAAUGUUAUCAUUUACUAACUUGUAACAGAAUUAGCCCAGCCUGUGGCUUUUGUUAUUGUAAUCCACUGACAAAUGGUCCCACCCCUCUUUGAGCUUAUAGCUAAUGUAAUAGCAUCAUUAAAAACUUCAUGUAAUAUUUUUUUUCUCUCUCUGAGAUAGAUGGGCAUGAUUAUUUUCUCAAGAUGGUUUGAAAUGUCAAGCAUCGGCAACACUAUUUACUGUGCUGUAAAAACAUGAAAAAGAACAGAUUUCAUAUUUUGGUAUUUUUCAAACCAGAGUAAUUAUUAGAGAGAAAAUCCCCAUGCCCUUCAACUCAAAACUGUGCAGGUAUGAAUGUUAUAACAUAUUUGCACCCCGCCCCUUUUUUUUUUUACAUCUGGACUUCAAUGAAAGUGUAUUAAGUGCCAAAAUCUGGUCAUAGUGUUUGGUUAACUCCAAACUGUAUUUGGCCAGCAAAUCAUAAGCAGCCAAAACGUUUAGACUGUCCUUGCCCCCUGCCUUCUGGACAUCACAAGGAAAAGAAAAAGGGUACUUUGAAGUAUUAUGAGAAAGAAAAUUUUUUUUCUCAACGUGUGUACGUCUUGUGCAGUGACAACGAAGCUCUCAGGGAAAGAAUUCCAACAGCAAUAAGGUUAGUGGAUGCAGUUACCAUGACAACAUUAAGAUGUUCACGACCGUGAUGACAAUGGCUGACAAGAGGUGAUUUUCUUAUGAAGAGGAAAAUGCAUUUUUUGGUGCCGGAUGUGAUGCCAAUAUUUCACUGUAAAAAAAAAAUAAAAUAAAAAAGGUGAUAAUUUUCUGGUUGACUUUGCUGAAAUUGGAUUGCUUUAUGGAUUGUUUCGUAUUCCUAAUGAGAUUUUCACUAAUAUAAUUGCAUUGUAAUUUUUGUUUCAACUUUUCAUGUUUGAAGCUCACUGUCAAAUACAUCAGAAUGUAUGUUUCGUGACAGUUCUUGCCACUUCUUGUAUUUAAUCUCGCUAUAUUGUUUUUUUUGUUAUUGACAGACACUUCCAUUUAAGGUGGAUGUAGGAAUUGAGGCUGAUUUGUUAAUGCUUGUUUCUUUCGUUUUUCUUGACCUUGCAGUCAAUGGUUUUGUCCAGUGAUUGCCGAUGUUUAGGCAGAGGGGUCACUUGUUUCCCAGGGGAAGUCUUAUUUAUCUAUGCAAAUUAUCUUUCACAAAUAUGGUAGAGAUUACCAAAUAUGGUCAUGCAGGUGCUUCUUUGCAUAAAUUCUUUCAGAUAAUUCAAAGACAUGGUGGUUUUUGCCCGCCCUUACAAGUAUAUUUAUGCGGACAAACUAUUUCUUCAAAAUAUUAAAUCUCUGCAGCAUAUUUUUAGUUUAUUUUACUAUUUACAAUUGUUUUUAUUUUGCAUCAUUGCCAUGACAGCAUCACUCAAAUCGUUUUUCACAAUAUCACACCAAGUCUUUAUUAUCUGAUGGUAUUUAAGCAUAAUUUAUGCAAAUUAGGACAAAAUGCUGAGGCUAUGCAAAAUACUGUUCUGAUUGGAUGUGCUCUGUGGGCCAAACCAUUUUACAGGGGUACAACGUUGCUAGACGAUUUACAUGAAAACCCUAAUAUUCUAUGUACAUUUCGUAACCCCCAUGACAAAUGAUUGAUUCCGUGCUCCUAUCCACACGAUCAGUAGGCAAGAGCAGGCAGAUUUUGUGCAUGCAUUCUAUAAUGAAAUUCAUUGAAGCAAACUUCUGAGCAUAGAUUUACGGCAGUAUAUUAACAGUCAAUACUUUAAUUUGGGCACAAGAUAUUAAUGUACGAAGGACUCGUUGUCUCAAAAGCCGCAGUGAAAUAUUCACUGCUACAUUUUCCUGACUUGCGAAAUUCAUAAAGUUAAUUGUCCUUGCUAUCUAUUGGAAAGAGCACCAUUUUGUACAAAAGCCCUGCAUCAACCAUUACACCAAGAAUUUCCUGACAUUAGGUUUAUCAUGACAACAUGAUAGGAUAGGUCCAGGUCAGCUGUGCUAUUAUGAAUAGAUGUUGUGAACCACACGCUCAUUGCGGGGGAUAUGUCAGUCUCGUCUCGUUCAAUACAAGUUGUACAGUGUUUCAUCUAUUAAGAGGCCCGUUAACUAACUUAGGUCAACUGCCGUCAGCUUUCUCGGUAAUGAGUUUGUAGUGAAAUUCUUCUCAAAAAACUUCUCCAAAUAUUCGCGAAUACAUUUGAUGCAAGUGCUGAGAAAAUAUUGGUCUUGCCUUCGAAAUAUUUAUUUGCCAACUUUGGGAUUAUCGUGCAUGGCAGUACACAGAGCAUUGUAAACAUUAAACUGCCAAUAUAUUGCCUGAACAAUUGUGCCUUCCGGUUAAUUAAUCCUAUAAUAAAUUAAUGACAAUUGGUGUAUUCUUGUUUCCUGUUCCUGUCAAAACCUGUGGGGUUUUUUUCUCUCCUAUUUAUAUAUUUUCGUGCAUUUCCAAAUUGUUUACGUAUUAUGCAUUUGUUUUAGAUAUUUAUUUCACCGUGCAAGCAACUUUUGCUUUAUUUGAAGUUAGUGGUUGUACUAGAAUUUGAUGUUGUCAGACUCUUUGCUAUUAGCCUAACACCCCAAACACCACUUGUACAGUGAAGAGCUCCACCAGUGGUGAAUUAUGAAAGUGCCACCAAAAGGUGACAAUUUGAUGUACUUCCAAAUCCUGCGACAGUUACUUAAUUUGCUUGUAGAAGUACUUUUUUUUUCAAAUAUAUAUAUAUUUUUUGAUUAUAAACAGUAUUAAGUUUUGUUGAUAGUGAGGUCAUGUCAGCCUUUCAUUGGAAAUUACUAUAGCAAUUUUGAAUGAAUGCACUUUACGAAGUGCAAAGUUUUGAAUACGCAACGAUAUUGUAUUUUUGUAUAAUUCUUACAAUAUUACCAUCAACUUUAUGUAUUAACCAUUCUACAUACAGCUUGCUGCAGGCUGCAUUUUAGCCAUGUUACCGUAGAAACAGUAGUUUGCGUAAUUGGGUAGUUUAAGAGUGCAUUUUACUUAAGUUUUUUUUGUUGGUUAUUAAACUGCUGCCUACAUUUUUCUGGCUUUGGAAUUCAACGAAAACUAGGCUGAAUUUCUUACAAUUGUAUAUUACUUAGGGGGAGGGGGAACAUUGUAGUUUAGCGGGUGGUCUUUGGAGCAGGUAUAUUUCUGUAGUGGCAGAGGCGGUUGUUUCUUGUAGAUAUAGUAAUGAAUUAUUACAACUUUCUUGUGUAUCAUAUUUAGCAAUAAAAUGGCUGAUAUCGUGCCCUGUGUUGUGGUCUCCUAAUGGGCACCAUAUGGGGUAGGUAUGUGUGGUCUACAGCAAAUGUAUGGGCUGUUACCAGAGGUGCUAUCCAGUGUGGGAGGGGAGGAACACCCCUCCAAGAAUUACCAUGACUUUUUUUGUGGUUUGCAGCCAAACAGCUUGGGGAAAAAACUACAGGUUUACAAAUUAGAGAUUUUCUCUCAAAUCUUGGGUUCUUACAAUUCUCAAAAUCAAGCAAUAAAUAAGAUAAGAUAUUUUCAAAAUGUCAAUAAUAUCAACAUAUUGUAGUGAUCUCUACAUUGGCACAGACUAUUCAAUUUCGUGGAAUUUGGAUAUUCUGGGAAUUCUGUUUUCCUUCGCAUUUUACAUUCAGCUCCGCUGUUUGUACAUUUUAUUUCGUUGCUACGCAUUCCCGUAAUUUGUCUGUAAUAUCAGCGAAAAAUGAAUAGUUUGUCUCAAAUUUGACAAAAGGUAAUCAUUGCAAUACAGAGUUUGAUCUUAUGCAUUUAAUUUCUUUUUCUUGAAAAAAAUAUGUACUUAAUAAUUUCUAGAGUUCUUCCAAAACCAAAACGAAAAAAACAAAAACAUUGUAUUAAAUUAAAUUGUACAUGUAUUAUUUUCCUAAGUAGUAAGUCAUGUAGUUUUUUAUACAAUUAUUAAAUCUGAUUGAUUU